AUGCGCUGGCUUCCGCAAAUCUCGUUCUCGUCCCCGUCAUCCUCUCCGUCUUCUUCUCUCAAACCGGUGGCUUCUUAUUCUGAAUCUUCGGAUCCCGAUCGGAAUCUGGAUCGGGAUCGAUUCCAUCGCCGCUUGUUUCGUUUCAACCGUGGGAGGCUCACGCGUCAGAGGAAGCUCCGUCACUUGACGGAUGACGACGUGUUGGGAGAACGUCGUGCCUCUACGUCUUCUUCCACCGUCGACGCCGGGUUAAGUCGUUCUCCCAGCGCUUACACGGGGGUUCCUCGCUCGCCUUCUGCCCUUCCGUUGCCGUUGCCUCUCCCGUUGCCCGAGGUCGCAGCCGGAGAUUCGAGGAAUCGAAAUGCCGGAAACGGUAGAGGACCGGAGGAGAGAGAUCGGUUUCCCGAUAGGGUUACUGCCGAUCGCACCUCGUCUGGUCCUCCUCUCACCAGCGGCAAUGGCUUUGCCCGUGACCCGAGAAGAGCCUCGGAGAAUUCUCCGUAUCAAGACUACAGCUGCACAAAUAGUCCGAGAGGCAGAAAUGGUUAUUGGGUGAACAUUCCAACCAUGAGUGCUCCAACGAGUCCGUACAUGAGUCCUGUGCCUAGUCCUCAGAGGAAGAGUACUGGCCAUGAUUUGCCUUUAUUCUAUCUCCCUCCGAAGAGCAACCAAGCAUGGUCUGCUCCAGAGAUGCCACUCGACACCUCUGGGCUUCCUCCUCCUGCAUUUUACGACCUGUCUGCGUUUAGUACAGACAACUCUCCCAUCAAUAGCCCACGGCCUCGAAGCCCACACAGACAGACCAGAAGCCCACAGCCGAGCGGCCCAUCCUCACCAUUGCACGCGAGGCUAUCGCCCGAUCGCUCACGGGAUAGCGUCUCCUCGCCGUUGCAUCCGAGGCUGUCCACUGAUGUUACGAACGGACGCCGUGAGAACUCCAAUGUCCAUCCUUUGCCUCUCCCUCCCGGAGCCUCUUCUUCGUCAGCAGCUGCCUCUGUUCCGUCCCCGCAGGCUCCUCUCAAACUGGAUUCGUUCCCCAUGAAUUCUCAGUGGAAGAAAGGGAAGCUGAUAGGUCGUGGUACAUUUGGAAGUGUUUACGUCGCCAGCAACAGCGAGACUGGAGCACUGUGUGCGAUGAAGGAAGUUGAGUUAUUUCCUGAUGACCCCAAAUCUGCAGAGUGUAUAAAGCAAUUAGAGCAGGAGAUUAAACUUCUCAGUAACCUUCAACACCCAAACAUUGUGCAGUAUUUUGGAAGUGAGACAGUAGAAGAUCGGUUCUUUAUAUACCUGGAAUAUGUUCACCCUGGUUCAAUCAACAAAUAUAUCCGUGACCAUGGCGGCGGUACCAUGACAGAAUCUGUUGUUCGCAAUUUUACUCGUCACAUUUUGUCCGGGCUGGCUUAUUUGCACAACAAAAAGACUGUACAUAGGGAUAUCAAAGGUGCUAAUCUCCUUGUUGAUGCUUCUGGUGUUGUCAAGCUUGCCGACUUCGGCAUGGCUAAACACCUUACCGGGCAAAGAGCUGAUCUCUCGUUAAAGGGAAGCCCGUACUGGAUGGCACCAGAGCUCAUGCAAGCUGUGAUGCAAAAAGAUAGCAACCCAGAUCUCGCUUUUGCGGUGGAUAUAUGGAGUUUAGGAUGUACAAUCAUUGAGAUGUACACUGGGAAGCCUCCGUGGAGUGAGUUUGAAGGGGCUGCAGCUAUGUUCAAGGUCAUGAGAGAUAGCCCACCGGUACCUGAAUCGAUGUCAGCAGAGGGUAAAGACUUUCUAAGAUCAUGUUUCCAGAGAAAUCCAGCUGAGCGACCAACCGCAUCUAUGUUGCUAGAACACCGGUUCCUAAAGAACUCUCUGCAAUCAACCUCACCACGCAACAGCGAUGUCUCAAAUUGCUCCCAGUUAUUUAACGGGAUGAACAUCACGCUUCUUCACGCGUACUUCUUUUUCUCCAGUGAAAGUUGGCAACAACAGCAACAGCAACAGUACCGGUCUCCCGAUCUAAGUGGAACAGUUCCCCGUCUGUCCCCUCGUUCUACUCUCGAGGCAAUUCCAAGCCCGUCUCUUUCCCAGCGACCUAAGCCAAGCACUGACCGGAGAAGGAAGGAUCUGUGCUCAGAUCACCUUUGA